AUGUCUCAAGUCCUCAAAUCCGGUCUCCAGAGAAGCCUGAGAGGUUCAGCGCUACGCGUCCCCUCUUCGACCACAUACAACCUCCAGUCCUCAAGAAGCUGUGGUAGCUGUGCAGCCGCUGCAUACCAUCUCAACUCCAAGAAAGUCACUAGAAGCUUCUCCGCCACAGCAACACCUAAGAUGGCCUCUGUGCAAGAAGUAAACCCCGCCGAGGCAAAGAACUUGUCAUUCGUCCUUCAGAAGCCAUACAGCGUCACAUUCGAGGACCGUCCCAUUCCCCAGCUGAGAGAUCCCUACGAUGUCAUCGUCAAUGUCAAGUACACGGGUAUCUGUGGGUCGGACGUUCACUACUGGACUGACGGUGCUAUUGGAGACUUCGUCGUCAAGGCCCCUAUGGUUCUGGGUCACGAGUCGGCCGGCAUAGUCGAGGAGGUGGGAGACAAGGUGACAACGCUCAAGAAGGGCGACCGUGUCACAUUGGAGCCUGGUGUUCCUUGUCGCAGAUGCCCGCGCUGCAGAGAGGGCAAGUACAACCUUUGCGUCGACAUGGCCUUUGCUGCCACCCCACCCUACGAUGGGACCCUCGCCAAAUACUACCGUCUUCCCGAGGACUUCUGCUACAAGAUUGCGGACCACGUUCCUCUUGACGAAGCCGCACUAGUCGAGCCUUUGGCUGUCGGAGUGCACAUCACCAGACAGGCCGACAUCAAGCCCGGUCAGAGUGUCGUCGUCUUCGGCGCCGGCCCUGUUGGCCUACUCUGUAUGGCCGUCGCUAAGUCGUUCGGUGCCGCCAAGAUUGUUGCUGUGGACAUCAACGAGGAGCGCCUCGAGUUUGCUCGCAAGUACGCUGCCACACACGUUUUCCGCUCGCAAAGAGUCGGCGCUCAGGAGAACGCCAAGCUCCUCACAGAUGAGUGCGAUCUGGGACUAGGUGCCGACGCCAUUAUCGAUGCCACAGGAGCCGAGCCGUGCAUCCAGACAGCCAUCCACGCCGUCAGAAUUGGCGGGACCUACGUUCAGGGUGGCAUGGGCAAGGCUGACAUCAACUGGCCUAUCAUGGCCAUGUGCGCCAAGGAGCUGAACGUCAAGGGAAGCUUCAGAUACGGACCAGGCGACUACCAACUGGCUGUUGACCUCAUCACUUCUGGUAGCCUGAGCGUAAAGGAGCUCAUCACAGGUCGUGUCAAGUUCGAGGACGCCGAGCAGGCCUUCAAGGACGUCCACGCAGCCAAGGGUAUCAAGAUGAUCAUCGAAGGUCCCCAGUAG